CCGGCCCGCGGCGGCACCAGCGCGGCCUCGGCGGGGCACAGCCGGCUCUGCCUGCGCCGCCCAGCCGGGGCCCCGCGCCCCUUCGGGCUCCGGCGCCCCGCGUUUUGCGGAGUCACCGCCGGCGCCUGCAGGCCGCGGCCCGGCGAGGCGGGGAGCGGGCGGUGGGGCCGGGCGGGACUCUUCUUUUCGGCUCUGGGCAAUAAGCUGGCUAAGUUAGCGCUUUUUUAGACAGGAGAAAUGCAAUUACGGGAUUUCUGGUCAAAGUCAGAGUGGUGGACAUGGUCCUGGUGGUAGCAAGAAGGAUGACAAGGACAAGAAGAAGAAAUAUGAACCUCCAGUUCCAACCAGAGUGGGGAAAAAGAAAAAGAAGACCAAGGGACCAGAUGCUGCCAGCAAACUCCCCCUGGUGACUCCUCACACACAGUGCAGACUCAAGUUGUUGAAAUUGGAGAGAAUUAAAGAUUACCUCUUAAUGGAGGAAGAGUUUAUCAGAAAUCAAGAACAGAUGAAACCUUUGGAAGAGAAACAAGAGGAGGAAAGGUCCAAGGUGGAUGAUCUGAGGGGAACACCGAUGUCUGUGGGUACCUUGGAGGAGAUCAUUGAUGACAACCACGCCAUUGUGUCCACAUCAGUGGGAUCUGAGCACUAUGUCAGUAUUCUGUCUUUUGUGGACAAGGACCUGCUGGAGCCAGGCUGCUCUGUUUUGCUAAAUCAUAAGGUUCAUGCUGUGAUAGGAGUCCUGAUGGAUGACACAGACCCUUUAGUGACUGUGAUGAAAGUAGAGAAAGCUCCUCAAGAAACCUACGCUGACAUUGGUGGCCUUGACAACCAGAUUCAAGAAAUCAAGGAGUCUGUGGAGCUUCCUCUCACCCAUCCUGAAUAUUAUGAAGAGAUGGGUAUAAAGCCACCCAAAGGAGUCAUUCUGUAUGGCCCACCUGGCACAGGCAAAACUUUACUGGCCAAAGCGGUGGCAAACCAAACAUCAGCAACGUUCCUGAGAGUGGUUGGUUCGGAGCUGAUCCAGAAGUACCUGGGGGAUGGCCCGAAGCUGGUGCGCGAGCUGUUCCGCGUGGCUGAGGAGCACGCCCCGUCCAUCGUCUUCAUCGACGAGAUCGAUGCCAUCGGUACAAAGAGGUAUGACUCAAAUUCGGGGGGUGAGAGAGAGAUCCAGCGCACAAUGUUGGAGCUGCUGAACCAGCUGGAUGGGUUUGACUCUCGGGGGGAUGUUAAAGUUAUCAUGGCUACCAACAGAAUAGAAACACUGGACCCAGCUUUAAUUAGACCAGGACGUAUUGAUAGGAAAAUAGAGUUCCCUCUGCCGGAUGAAAAGACGAAGAAACGAAUCUUUCAGAUUCACACAAGCAGGAUGACGUUGGCAGAUGAUGUGACUUUGGAUGAGUUGAUUAUGGCAAAAGAUGAUCUCAGUGGUGCAGAUAUUAAGGCAAUUUGUACAGAAGCUGGAUUGAUGGCUUUGAGGGAACGGAGAAUGAAAGUAACGAAUGAAGAUUUCAAAAAGUCUAAAGAGAAUGUUCUCUAUAAAAAGCAAGAGGGAACCCCUGAGGGAUUGUAUCUUUAAGUCAUCUGUCUCUUCAGGAACUAUACAGAACUUUGUGUUCCGUAUGGUGAGAGUCUUGUGUAAAACCACACAGCUACUUUGCAUUCAUGAACAGGUUAAAAGCUGGUGAGUUGUGGGUUUUCAGUCAGUGUAAUUCUUCACUUCCCAAUAAAAUGUUUAUUUGAAUUGAA